UUUUGAAACUAUGCAAUUGCUCCAAUUACAUUUUAUUUCUGUUGCUUUUCGAAUCUAUUUUUCCUACAUUUUUUCAAAUUCUUACUACAAAAUACGCUAUUUAACCUUUCGAUAAAGACGCACUUGCUGAUAAUUGAUAAUUUGAUGCAUUAUCGGUUUCAAAGUCAUUCUACAUAAAAUGAACAUAGUUUAAUACUGAUAACAAUUAACAUACAUAUAUAAAGGUUUUACACGCAAAAAGUAACCUAAACACCACAUUUCCAAAUGUUCCCGAAACUUCUUUUCUUGGCAAUACUUAUUCCAUCAUCACUAACCGAUUGUCCUGACAUUGAUGGCCAAACCAGGGAAAUCAAAGGAAUAUGCUAUAAAUUUGUGACUUCUCUGAUGAAAUAUGAAGAUGCUCGUGAUUGGUGUCAUCAUCAUAACCCAGCUGGGCCUUCAUGGCUAGCAUAUGUCCCUGAUCAGGAAACGAGUAAUUUUUUGGCCGUCUACGCCGGUUCAAUAUUUGGUGAAGGUUUCAAACACUUCUGGAUAGGGCUCAAUCGGGAUCCUAUUUCUAAAACCUUGUCCUGGGAUACCGGUCUUUCAGUUUCCUAUACCAACUUUGGAAGUAACGUUGCACAAAACUACUUUUCUGAAAACAUCACUAAUACAAAGUGGAAUACACUGGGAGAUGAUGAGGUACAUAACUUUGUGUGCAGUUAUAGGCCAUCUACAGUACCUGCUACAGUAACCCGACAACCUCAAGCAAGACGGCUGGCAGCAAUGAAGAAUUGAGCCUAAUGAAACAUAUUUUUAAUUGUCGGAAUUUUUUUUCAAUAUCGAUUUUUUUUGCUUUUGGGAAAUCCAGGUGUAACUAUAAACAGUUUAAAUUAAAAAAA